UCGCAGCUCGCUUGAAAGUCACGUUGAACAGGGCAUGCUUCGCGUUAAAUGGUGAACAUGAGCGGAAGUUAAUGGUUUACAAGUAAAUUAUUCAAAAAAAUAUACGUGAAUAACACAAUGUUUAAUUAUGGAUGAGGCGCCCAAACGGAAUGUGUUACAUUGGUUCAGGAAAGGUCUAAGACUACACGAUAAUCCCUCGCUGAGGGAAGCAUUGGACGGUGCAAAUUCGUUUCGGUGUGUUUACAUUUUGGACCCGUGGUUCGCAGGUGUUUCGCAAGUUGGAAUAAAUCGAUGGAGAUUUCUGCUACAGUGUCUUGAAGAUCUCGAUUCUAGUUUGCGAAAAUUAAAUUCCCGUCUGUACGUGGUGAGAGGACAACCUGCGGAUGUAUUCCCAAAAUUGUUCAAGGAAUGGAACAUAAAUGUGCUGUCAUUCGAGGAGGACCCGGAACCCUUCGGUCGGAGUCGUGAUUCGGCCAUCUCAGCUCUCGCCCAGGAAAUUGGUGUCGAGAUGAUAGUACGCAUCUCUCACACCUUAUAUGACCUUCAGAAAAUCAUCAGUGAAAACAAUGGAACCGCACCCCUCACCUUCAAGCGUUUCCAGUCAGUUCUUUCGCGUAUGGACCCUCCAGCGAAACCAGAGGACCGAAUUUCGCUAGAUACAAUUUGUCAGUGUAGGACCCCUAUAGCGCUGGACCAUGAUGACAAAUACGGGGUCCCAACCCUAGAUGAACUUGGGUUUGACACGUCUGGUUUGUCCUCGAAGGUGUUCCGUGGUGGGGAGUCCGAGGCAUUACAGAGACUACAUAGGCACCUGGAGCGCAAGGCCUGGGUUGCCAGUUUUGAGAAGCCCAAGAUGACAUCACAGUCACUGUUCCCUAGUCAGACAACUUUGAGCCCAUACCUGAGGUUCGGAUGCAUAUCUCCGCGACUGUUCUACUGGAAGUUACAAGAGCUCUAUAGAAAGAUAAAGAAGCAAAACGACCCUCCAUUGUCAUUGCAUGGUCAACUUUUGUGGCGGGAAUUCUUCUACACAGCAGCAACAAACAAUCCUAACUUUGACAAAAUGGAGGGCAAUGCAAUUUGUGUUCAGGUGCCGUGGGAUAAAAAUCCUGAAGCGUUGGCAAAAUGGGCAGAGGGUAAGACUGGGUUUCCGUGGAUAGAUGCCAUAAUGGUACAGCUGCGUGAGGUGGGCUGGGUCCAUCACCUGGGUCGCUAUGCUAUCGCCUGCUUCUUGACACGGGGAGACCUCUGGAUAUCAUGGGAAGAAGGAUUCAAGGUUUUUGACGAGCUGUUGCUGGAUGCUGAUUGGUCGGUGAAUGCAGGAAUGUGGUUGUGGCUCUCAUGCAGCUCAUUCUUCCAACAGUUCCUCAACUGCUACUGUCCGGUUGGUUUUGGCAAACAGGCCGAUCCCACUGGUGACUUCAUCAGGCACUACCUACCGGUGUUGAAGGGUUUCCCGCCCCAGUACAUCUAUGAGCCCUGGAACGCUCCUGAGAGCGUGCAGGUUGCCGCCAAGUGCAUCGUGGGAAAGGACUACCCCGUUCCCAUGGUGAACCACGCAGAGGCUAGCAAGCUGUGCAUGGAGAGGAUGAAACAGGUCUACCAGAUGUUGCUUAAGAGACGGGCAAAAGUACCUUAA